AUGGUUGCGCCAGCUGUUCCUGAACUCACCGAAGAGGUCCUUCACGAAUCUAUCGAGGCGCGAUCUGAGGUUCUAGCAGCCCUACGAGAGUUGGGCCCGCCAGAUCUGAUACAAUUGAUAAAGCAAGCGCCGAGAAAUCCAGGAAAGCAGAUUGGUGUGUAUCAUCAUGUAACCGGCGUUGACGCUUCGUCAUCUGCAAGUCUAGCCGCGUAUAUCAACACCCUUACCUAUAAAGAGAAUCAUCAGUCUACAACGAAGAUAGUGGAAGGUGUAUAUUGUUGUUACAAUGCCUUCUCUCGGCUCGAUAUGCGCGUUCAUGUCACAAUUCCAGGAAGCGUUGAAAGCUAUUGCGUCGACGAACGAGGCGAUAAGAGGACGACCACGGAUGAGUUAUGGCUAGAAACAUAUUUGUGCAGUGUUCUUCGGGCAUAUUCAUAUGCUGAUGAUGGAAGCGGGGACACAAUUCGAAAGAUUAUGGGAGUUCGGAGAUUCAACCCGGUGACAACAACGGAGACAGAACACCGAUUUCUUCAAGCUGCCGAACAGUUAUUCUUUCGAGGAUGGCAGCUCGGAUCCGAUUCGAUCGUUCAAGUUCCGAAUAAUGUUUCGAAUCAUCUAACAACAGGUCUUUUAAAAUACUUCCAAACCACUGGCCGGUAUGCCUCUGGGAUUAACCUGUUCGAAAAGCUACGAACCCGAAAUAUUGAAGUAUCGUCUCUCUUAGCCAAGGUGCUGUUCAUGGGCAACGAGGAGGUACAAGCCAUUAGAGUAUUACAUGAAUCUGUGAAGCAAUCGCCAAUGGAUUAUGUUAUGCUUGAUACCCAAGCCGAAUUUUUGAAAAAGAAGGCGUUAGACCCGAAUAAACCAGAAUUCAAGACGGAAAGAUUGCAGAUGGCCCUCGGCUGUGCCGACCGAAGUACUAUUGCUGCGCCAAGCGAAUUUGGAACAUGGGCACGCUUAGCUGAAGUUUAUGUUGCGAUGGAGGAUUGGGAGAACGCUCUUACGACCUUGAAUUCAUGCCCUAUGUUCACAUAUCAAGACAAGGAUGCUCCUAUCAUGCCAGAACCCAAGGAAAUCCACCUCCCCACUCUUCCUGAGACCAGGUUGGAUGAGAUUGAUAGUGAACCGGAGUCAAGGUUAUCGGAACAGGUCCAUCCAAGUCUUUUGAAUUUACGUGCCGCUAUGUACAAAGGUACUUUCAAGCACGGUUAUAGUAUAUUAACAGAAAUGACAGCAAAGAUUGGCUGGGACCAACUUCUCAAGAUCAGGAGUAAUGUAUUUGUCAUGGAAGAGGAGUAUAGGAGCGAGAAACAACCACCAGUUGGUCAACAAGGUGAACCCACUAAGCGUACUGCAAGCACCGAUGUACUGAGAGGAAGUCCAGGUCCUCCUGUAAAUGGCGAUGACCAUUCCGACGAUGAAAAAAGUACAAAUGGCGAUUCGGUAGCCCCCAAACCGAGUGCUGAAGAUGGCAACGGAGCAGACGAUUCUGUAGAGAAGCCUUCACAUACUAUCACGGCAGAGGAAGUCAAAAGCGGCAACGAAGAUAGCGAGACUACCGAAGAACAGCUUUCCCGGUUUAAUAACAAACGACUUUGCGAGCGUUGGCUGGACAGUCUUUUCAUGGUUCUUUACGAAGACCUUCGUAUCUACACCAUAUGGAGAACUGAAAUGGCUCAGUAUCGUGCACAGCAAAUGCAAUACAAGAAGUCGGCCGAAGAGUGGGAAAUCCUUGGUUCCUUAGCGGAUAGACUUCAUCAUCAACCCGAAGCUGUAGAAGCUUAUCGCAAUUGUCUCCAAAUACGUUUCUCCCCCAAAGCAUUGACGGGCAUUCUCGCUGAAUUGGAAAAGAACAAAAAUACCCGAGACACAAUUGCCAGUGUUAUCAGACUUGUAACUUGGCAAUAUAGAUGGUACUCGGAAUUUUCGCCAGAGUUGUUGUACACGAUACGAACAUUGAUAGAGGAUGAAGGUGCCGUGAAAGUUAGGAGUAUCAUCCAAGCAACAAGCUUGCCGCAAAACGUCUUGGACUUGACACAUCACUAUGCUGCACUAUGUGCGGCAUUUAGAAGUAGUGGUACUGAAGGAUAA